AUAGCUCGUCGACCGACAUUUGUACUACUAGUUGCCAUGCGCCGUUAACUAAGAAGGAGAGAAAGAAGUACACAUUACUGCUCGACCUCCCAUAAUCAACCAAAUCAAGAUUCUGUAAACAAAAGAUCGGAGCCAAAUAAGCCGCGACUUUUUCAAACCUGGUGAUCCGAUACCGGGGUUUCAAUUUUCGCUCCAAAACGGAUUCAGCUCUGUUUCCAAACGCUCAUAAAGAAAAAAGAGGAACAAGUCGUCCACGUGGUACCGCGGUAACCACAAAGUUCUGUUUUCGCUGCUUUCGCUCUGCGUUUGCGUUUGUGGAAAAUGUCCGGGUUUCAGGAUCUCGAUGAUUUAUUGAAUCGUCGGCUGCUGGCUGCGGUAAUGACGGACCUGGUCGAAAAUAGAACAGAGUCUGUAUACGAAGAGGAGCUCCGCCGCCAGAAAAAACUGCUGGCUGUGAUUUUAACACCCGAAAUCAAGCUGCACAGAGCAGGUCAGUUUUCUUUCCACUUCUGGAUACAUGUUUCAAUGCCUUUACUGAAGCAAGCGCCACACACAGGCUGCAACAAACCAUAUUAAUGAAAUGGCAAAAUAAUAUGAUUAAACCUGAAAUUACUUUAGGGCAAAAAAGUAGUUAUUUUCAAGGAAAAGUUUUUUAAUUUGAAUAUAUGAAGUACUACACAACCGCAACAACAAAAAAAACAGCUAUCCUAUACUGUUUUAUCCUAUUAACUGCUGGGAAAGGGAAAAAAAUCAAGUACUUGUAGUUUAAGAGUCAAAAAGAGCUAAAAUCCUGUCUGAUUCAGAGGGGUAAAACUUUUUCAGAUAGAAUAGUCAACUUUCAUGUUUGUCUCUUCAGUGUUUCUAUACUCUUAGCCCCUUUAUUUUAGAGGGCUUGAUAAACAUGUCACCCACUAUAGCAGGGUAUUGGGGCAGGAGGAAAAAUCACUGAAAUGUCCUUGUUUUUUUCAAACUACAUGUCUGUCUCCAAUUGUGAUGUACAAUUGAAUAAUAAUUUAGUUCAAUAAAUGUCAGUGAGGGGAUUAGGAAUUGAAGUUUGGGAGGCUCUGCUGACAGACACACAAACUAUCAAUGCAACCUAGUUGAUUUGGAUCCAUGUGAACUAAAUGUGAGCUGAAUUCUGAGCUCUUAGUGUGAACUCUCACAAUGCUGCCCUUGGUUACCUGGGUUAAGUGUUUUAUCAACACUGUGAUUGGUUGCCUGGAACUAUGGUGCAGCAGCUUUUUGCACCAGGCUGCAUCCAUUCAGUUUUGCCCGAGAAGUUUCAGGAGCACAUCAAUGAGCAUCAUAACAAAUGCUGAAACUGAUUUGAGAAUAACAACAGAUUUAGUGGUGCCUCUUCGAGUAAAUCCAUGCUGCUGACAUUGUUCAGUUCUUGUCAGGGCUGUUGACAAAUAGUCUGCUGCUCCGAGACGGCACAUACAUAGCUGGUGAGCUAAUUAGGUCCAACACUAGAGGGGGUAACAUUAGUCCAUAAUCCCCACACUCUCUUAUCUUUCUUAAGAAUAUCAUUGAGUUUUUAAAUCUGCUUUCAUAUCUACUGAUGUUUUCAUUACCUUCUGUUAAGUUAUUGUUUUUCUGUGCCUUGCAGAUAUCCAGCAGGUGUUGGUGAAAAAAGAGUUUCUCUCUGAGCAGCAGGAGAGGAGUCCCAGUCUGGACCAGGGAUACACUGAGCCCCUGAACAUUUGCAAGGAACAGAAUUAUGGAGGACAAGAACCAGCCAGUAACAACUCAGGGAUAAAUAUACAACGAAAGACUCAAGACUCCCCUGAACCUGAGACCGAGGGCAGUGAUGAGAAUUGGGAGAAAACAAGGCCACAAAAGUCAAGUCUAAUGUCUGUGAAAAAAGUGAGAAAGAAGAUGCUAAAGAGGCUUGAGAAAUCACGUGUUUGCUCAAAGUGUUGUCGAAUAUUCAAAACACGACAAGAACUAGCAAUCCACCUGAAAGUUCACUCAGAGGAGAGACCCUUCAGCUGCUCAGAGUGUGGCAAAACAUUCAAAACUAAAAAUAUACUAGGACAACACAUGGCCGUUCAUUCAGAUGAGAGACCCUUCAGCUGCUCAGAAUGUGGCAAAACAUUAAAAACUAAAGGACAACUGGCAAGCCACAUGAGAGUUCACACAGAUCAGAAACCCUUCAGCUGCAUGCAGUGUGGCAAAACAUUAAAAACUAAAACUUCUCUGGAAAGACACAUGGCGGUUCAUUCAGAUGAGAGACCCUUCAGCUGCUCAGAAUGUGGCAAAACAUUCAAAACUAAAGGAGACCUGGCCCAACACAUGACAGUUCACACAGAGGAGAGACCCUUCAGCUGCCCAGACUGUGGCCAGACAUUUAAAACAAAAAAACACCUGGCGCACCACAUGAGAGUUCACUCAGAGCAGAAACCCUUCAGCUGCAUGCAGUGUUGCAAAACAUUCAAAACCAAAGGAGAACAGGCAAUCCACAGGAGAGUUCACACAGAGGAGAGACCCUUCAGCUGCCCAGAGUGUGGCAAAAAUUUCAAAACUAAAGGAGAACUGGCCCAACACAUGAGAGUUCACUCAGAGGAGAGACCCUUCAGCUGCCCAGAGUGUGGCAAAACAUUCAAAACUAAAAAUAUACUAGGACAACACAUGGCAGUUCAUUCAGUUGAGAAACCCUUCAGCUGCACAGACUGUGGCAAACCUUUCAAAACUAAAGGGGAACUGGCAAAACACAUGAGAGUUCACACAGAGGAGAAACACUUUAGCUGCUCAGAGUGUGGCAAAACAUUCAAAACUAAAGGAGACCUGGCCCAACACAUGACGGUUCACUCAGAGGAGAGACCCUUCAGCUGCUCAGAGUGUGGCAAAACAUUCAAAACUAAAAAUAUCCUAGGAAAACACAUGGCAGUUCACUCAGAUGAGAAACCCUUUAGCUGCCCUGAGUGUGGUAACUUGUUUAAAACAAAAGUGCUGAGGACCAAUCACAUGAGAGUUCACUCAGAUAAGAAACCCUUCAGCUGCUCAGACUGUGGCAAAACAUUCAAAACUAAAAAAGAACUGGCCCCACACAUGACAGUUCACACAGAGGAGAGACCCUUCAGCUGCCCAAAAUGUGGCCAGACAUUUAAAUCAGAAAAACACCUGGCGCACCACAUGAGAGUUCACUCAGAUCAGAAACCCUUCAGCUGCAUGCAGUGUGGCAAAACAUUAAAAACUAAAACUUCUCUGGAAAGACACAUGGCGGUUCACUCAGAUGAGAGACCCUUCAGCUGCUUAGAAUGUGGCAAAACAUUCAAAACUAAAGGAGAACUGGCCCAACACAUGAGAGUUCACACUGGAGAAAGACCCUAUAGCUGCCCUGGAUGUGAUAAACUGUAUAAAACUAAACAAGCGCUGAAUAUACACAUUCAAUCUCAAAGGGUUAAGAAGUCCACUGGCUGCUGUGUCUGAAGGGAAGAACUCUUUGGAAAAGGAAGUCAGGUUUCACAUUUUCUUGUAUAUGCUGGGAAGAAGAUUUUGAGUUGUUUACUGUGUUGUGAAGGAGUUAAAUGUAACAUUUUUCAAACCAACAAAUGUUGUUUCAUACUAGAGAGAGACAUUUUUUAAACACAAAUAAAGGUUAAUAAAGACACAA